UUCAAAUUAAAAAAAAAAAAAACCAACAAGUCUGGUUAGAUACCCCAUGAGCUGAUGAUCAGCUGUAAUAGUUGGUAGGCUCCCUCUUCCUGCUCUUCUUGUUGUUGUUACCCGAUCAAUCCUCCAUCCAAGGAAGAUUAUUCGGUGAGUGAGUGUGUGUGUUUCUCUUGAUCGAUAGACAGAUAUUACAGCUGAAGGGCACUAUACACUCUAUCAAGAGCAGCCGCCCCGAUAAAACCCCCAGCCUACGCCCAUCGCAGUCAGUCAGUCAGCCAUAACUUCACCCAGUCUAGUGACUCUCAUUCGGACUCAACCGGAUCCAAAGAGAGAAGAAACAUUAAGCAAACUGAGAUUAGAAUCCAUCCAUACACCACUCUUCGACUGUGAUUAUUACAAAUUACUCUAUCAUUAUCAUUAUAUUAUCAGUAGUUCUUAUUCUAGAUUGAUUGAUUGACAAUCCAUUAACAAACUCCCCCACCACUUUCGAUCCGAAAGCCUUCCCUCCUCAACCGCUUUCUCUUCAGAGCUCCCCCUCCCUCUUCCGUCCAGCAGUAUCCCCCCCGUCCCCAUGGCGAUCUCCACCAAAUUCUCCUCUCUUCGCUCCUCAAGACGUUCGGCAGCUCCCUCAAACGUCAUCCACCAAGACCAGCCGCCGACCCAGACUACUGGUUACCAACCUGGAGCUCUUGAGCCUGCAGACCUGAUCAGAAACAACAGCAUGGCGGCCACCGAGAACACCCUAGGGACUAAACUUGAGAAGAAAACCCGGCUCAAGUUCUUCAGACGCUUCUCAACUCGCUUUGCCAGCAAGCCUCAAGAACCCAAGUCAGAUCCUAUCGACCCCACGCUUACUGCAACCUCCGAUCCCAUGCCCAACCUUGUCCCGCUCGGCAAGACUAACUCCAAUGACCCUGCGAUGGCUCCCUCGGAUUUCACUUCAAACCCCUGUGAUCUUCCCGUCAAGGCCCCCUUCGAACUCGUCCCCAAAACCAGUGCUAGUCUCAGCUGCGACGAAACCGGCUCGCUCUACCGUCCCAAGGAUGCUCAUGGAGCAUUUUCAGCGGAGACGCACUGCGGGCUCAAGUUCCCCUCGAGGGCAUCAAGGUCCUUUUGGAAGCGGCUCAGUCUCUCGCCCAGCUUACAGGCGGAUCCCGAGGUUGCCGGGCUGGCGACGCCGGAGAUGAGCAUGAGUCCGGUCGAGGACGGCAACCCAACCAGCGUCUCCUCCGACGGCCAUCCGAGCAGCAUCAUGUCCUCCGAGCUUUCCACGGCGCCCUCCUCGGCCAACGAGACUGCCGACACCUCUCUGGCCUCGGCCGACGAGGCCGAGAGCGUCGAGGAGUGUGGGCUCGCGGGGAUCGGGCUGCGCGAUCGCAGGAGCAUCUGUCUUCACUCCCUGCCCAUCCGCAAUGCUCUUGGCCCUUCUCCUUUAGCCGGCCCCACCAACAUCAAGCCUCUCGUCCAUCCCGCCAUGCGCUAUGCUCCCUCUUCGUCUUCCCCGCUUUCUAGUAGACUUGCCCCCUCGUCUUCGACUGCAGAGAACCAUCCCUCGACCUCCUCUAAUCUCAGAACCGGGCCUAAAAGACUCUCCGCCCUAUCCCACACCUCUUCCCCCGUCCCUUCAUCCCUCUCGCAAAACAAGCAUCGGAUGAGCUCCGCUUAUCUUAACCUCGUCCCCGCCCAAACUUACGUCGACUCUGAAACGCUCAUGCGCAUCCUCAGAGGCCCGUCCUCUUACCCCGAAGAGACUUUGCCUCGUGCUAAUAGUCAACGAGACUCGAUCUACGUCCCAUGCGUCUGAGCGGGCGGGGUUCCGCAGCCGUGGCCCCCUGGUCCACGCGCUGCCGAUUUCUCCGUCCCCCCCCCCUCCCUAUCAUUAUCUUCUCCAUUAUAUUAGUCGGCCCUCCCACUUUAUUUUUUUUUUCAUUGUUGUCCGGCGCUUCGGAUCUCCCUCUCUCUCUCUCUUCCUUCGCAACGACACCACCCCCCCUUUUUUUUAUCUUUCUAUACUAGGAACUCACGGUUCUCUCCUUUUUCAUCUUUCUUCCUGUUUUGUUAUACUUUACUCUGGACACACUCUUCUUGAAACUUUCUUUCUUUCUUUUUUUUCAUGCGUAUCAUACAUACAUACUGUGUUGUUUCUUUUCUUUUUUUUUGUUUUCAAAAACUUUGUUAACCUUGUUCCUCACUGCCAUAGCAGCAGCUCCUCCUCUUCUUAUUAGACUCCUUUCAAUUCCUGUCCUCUAUUCUUUUUCCCAUCUCUUUUUUCCAUUUAUCCAUGAUCAUUACAUACAUUUAUAUAUAUAUACACAAGUAAUUUACACCUAUAUACAUAUACAUGCUCCCCCACCCCCCCUUCUUAAUACAUACACCUAACUUUAUUAUUUUACAUGUAUAUCUCCACUUGAUGAGUCAUGUAAUCAAUCUCCCAUUUCAAUUUGUCAAUUUGGUUCUUUUUUUUGUUUCUUUUGAUCACCUUUCUUGUUCCUGCGUCCAUAAAUAUAUACAUAUAUAUAUGUUACUGAAUAACAUAUACUUAUAAUACAAAUGUGCACCAUGUUCAUAGCCUUAAUUUCCUUCUCCCUUUAUUUUGGUUGGUUGUUUCUUUGCUGUUGAUGAUGAUGUGAUUGAAAAUAGAGACUUACAAAGUGUAAAGAUAGCC